AUGGUCAACACAACCACCACCACCGCCCAAGCAGCAACCCCCACAAACACUCUCAUCCUCACAAACCUCGAAUCCCACCACUUCUCCCCUUCAACCCUUGCCACCCUCCGCACCCAAGCCGAAUCCUUUGGAAAAGUCUGCUUCUACUCCCCCAUCAAAUCCUUCCACCGCAUCUUUGUCGUCUACCACUCCAUCGAUCACUCCCAGUCCGCCCGCCUUGCCCUUCAUAGCAACUCGACGAUCCUGGAGGAUGGAACGGUAUUGAGGGUUUACUUUGGUCAGCAUACCGAGUUGACCAUCGAUCCCAAGAAGUACUACCUCCAGAUGCCUUCCGACGAGGACACUACCGACGCAUCUACCGGCAUGGUCUCCCCCCCUGGUUCCCCCCCAUUGGGCCACUCGGACGAGUCUGAAGAUGAGAUGGCCGAGAUUGAGGAUCUGAACCUGGCCCUCGACGGUCCCAUCAUCGAAUCCACACCCACAGAGCCCACUUCCCCCGCCACUCCUACCACAACAGCAAAGGACUUGCAGCAGCAGAUUAAGAAACUCCGUAUUGAUACCUUUGUCCGCUCCACCUCUGCAUCGUCUCUGUUGUCAGGACACCCUCGUUCGCCCGUCUCCCCCGGUCACUUGUACCCCUCGACUCCUACCCGUUUGGCCUUCUCGCCCUCCAAGGAGUCCCUGGAAGAGCAGCCCUUUAUCACUAUCCAGGACUGGGGUGUUCAGUCUACCGUCUGCUAG